GGUUCUAUGUACUGAAUUUAAAGAUUUUUGUAAAUGUUUAACUGUUAAUUUUUCGAUACAAGAUUCGCAAAAAAUAUGUUUACAGAAUAAUGAUUCAACGUCUAAUUUUAAAAAAUCAAAAGGAUUUACAAAUAUAAAAG